CGCACCCUCUCAGUGGCGAAUCGUGCCGUUUAUGUUACGUAGACAACAGCGGUAUCAAAAGAGAAAGGCUUUAUGACCGAAAACAGACACAAUUAAACGGGUCUUACGCAGGAGUCAGACAUAAAUUAUGAGACUCUAGAAGUGAGACGAAGACGACUAAAACGCAUAUUGCGUGGGUUGCAUGCACACCUUCUGAGCUGCAACGCUUGGAGGAACUCCGUCUUCCUGGUUUGCGCUCCUCUUUCUAACCAGGAAGGAUGCCUCUCCCUUGGGCACUCUUUGUGGCCGCCCUCCCUCUCCUGGCCCUUGCUUCAGACGCUGAGAUCUGCACAGCCCACAGCACCAGCACAAAUUACACGUCCCCCAUUUUGGAGUCCCUGCAGUGCAUCAAUGACUACAAGUCCCACAUACGCUGCAGCUGGAUAGAGAGCGGAGAGAGGCCUGCAGAAGCCCGGCUUUCUCUCUAUCACUGGGACGAUCGGCAAAAGGAAUCCCUGUGCGUCCCAUAUGGCCAACCAGUAAAGCAGGCGGAUGGUCGCCUCGUCCACUGCCGAUAUAAUACCACGGUGUUUGCGCUCGCAAUCAUCGACACCUUUUUUUUCAAGACCCCCUGCCCUCCUCCCUUCUACAAAAAACUCAACCUGAGUGAGCACGUGAGAGUGCGUCCCCCUCAGAACCUAUCAGAGCGAGCCGUGGAGGGAGGUGGCCGGGUGUUAACCUGGCAGAACCCGUACCCCCCUCAGUCAAACUGCACAGAGAUCAACUAUCAAGUGAACUACAGAAGGCUUGGUCAAGACUGGAUGGAAAAAACCACGUCAGGGUUGGAAUUAAAGAUUGAGGCUGAGUCUCUGGUACCUGGCUGCAGAUAUCAGGCCAGGGUGAGGGCGAGAAAAGAAAAGGGGCUCUGGAGUGAGUGGAGCCCUCUAGUGGAGUGGCAGACUGAGAAUGCGCCAGUGUCUGGGCCCUCUAAUCUACAGUGCGUGUUUGAUGGAGAAACAGAAGUGAGCUGUAGCUGGGAGGUAAAGAGAGACCUGGCCCAGUUCAUCACUUACAACCUCUCCUACGUAACAGACAAGAACCGUCAAAGCCAGUGGUGCAGUAAGGUUGUGAGCAGUCCCACUUCUGAUGACCCAGUGCUGAGGUUCAGCUGUUCUUUCUCUGUCUCGAGCUCAUGGGCGGAGCCCGAGGUGAAGCUCGUACCCGCGUACAACACCAAGGUGAUCCUUGCCCGUGACCACGUUGAGCCAUCUCCUCCAGAUGGCGUGCAGGUGAAAGAGAAAGGUCAGGAUUGGCUGCUGACCUGGACCACAUCCUCAAAGGAAGAAAUUGUUCCGGUCUUCUACCAGGUGUGCUACUGGAGUGAUGACAACCAGGAAAAUGUCAAGUUUCAUAACUUAUCCAAAGGGGAGCGCUCAUUUGUGAUCCACGGUAGCGCUCUGCUCCCCUCCACACGCUACAAAGCCCAGGUUCGAACCCUGAUCGCCCCCGACAGUGGGUACAACCAUCAUUCUGGGCCUCCAUCAGAGUGUACGCCGCAGGUGGAGUGGAACACACCCCCAGCUUCCUGGUCUAUGACUACUAUCAUUUACAUCUUCAUCAGUGUGCUUGUUGCCAUAGUCUUCAUCGGCCUAUACAUUGCCUUGCCAGCCUGUCACAGGAGGAUCGUACUGUGGCAGGUGUCUGUCCCGUCUCCCCUGAAGAGCAAAGUACUUGAAGAAAUCAUGAAGAGAUCCCCAAACUCGCGGCCUACUCUCCAAAAGGAGGAUGAGAAGACCCGCAUCUGCAGCGUGCAAGUGCUGGACAAAGACCAGCUGCAAUGUUUCUCAGAAGACUGUUGCCACCCAAUGGGACUGACCAUCGUCAGUGACAACGGACCGUUCCAAUGCAUGGCCAAGCAGGGGAGGGACGCUGCCUUCCAGCCCGAAGGACUGGACCACUCUGACUCAUUGUGUGUGGCGCAAGCUAAAGAAUCCUGUCUGAGCUUCAGCGGCCCGUACAUUUUCUGCUCCACGUGUUCGCUGACUCAGUGCGGCAAGGCUGACGGCCAUAUAGAAGACAACCCCUUCGGUUCUUCCUCUUCUUUCUCCCAGGUCAUCUCCCCCUCCCCCUCUCAGAUUAACGCAGCGUAUGUGGAGCUGCCCGAGUCUCCAUGCGGCCUGUCUGAGGCCUCAGCCCGCAUGUCGUCCCAGGAGCGUGAUACACGGCAGAACGGGUACGUAGGUGACCCCCGCAGUGUGAAAGGAGACCCCCGGCCGGAGCCAGUCACAGAACUCCCGGACUGUGACCCCCCGGCCUACACCGCCGGCCCACUCCCCAUCCCCACGGUGCUGCUCCAGGGUGCUCCUGAGAGCGGCCUCCUCCCGGAUCCUGAGGCUGUAGACUGGGACACGGCGUACCCCUCCACCACCACGGUCAUGCUGAAGGGCAAGGGGGGGGGGGGAGGGGAACGGCGCGAGGUCAGCGACUACGUCAGACUGUCGGAACCGUUUUGCACACCUUAA